AUGUCUAGUCACCAAAAACCAUCAGAAGAAAUAAAUUCUGGACAAACACCACCAACACCAUCUACUCCACCAACACCACCACCACCAACAACAACCACAUCACCACCACCACCACCAACCACAACAACAGCAACAACAACAAAUAAUGAAAAUACAUCAACAACAUCACCAAAUAAUGAAAGUUUUGAAAAUACACGUCAAUCACUUCAAGGAUUAAUGAGAAAUCUUUCAGGAGCAUUAUUAGAUGAACUUCAAUCACCAUUAAGAGGUGGUAGUCCAGCAGCAGUAGGAUUAUUAAAUACCUUGAUCGAAGGUAGAAAUAGAGCAAAAUUAUUAUUACAAGGAUUGAAAUCUGAGGAUGAAACCAAACAAAUGGAAUCAUUAUUGGAACUUUGUGACCUCUUAUCAAUUGCAACCGAGGAAACUAUUGCUGGUUUUCCAAGUGAUUCUUUUGCACCAGCCCUAGUUAAUCUAUUAAAUAUGGAUCAUAAUCCAGAUAUCAUGUUAUUGGCAGGUAGAGCACUUUGCAAUAUGAUUGAAGCAUUACCAUCAAGUGUUGCCUCAGUUAUUAAUCAUGGAGCCGUCACUAUUUUAUGUUCAAAACUUUUAUCCAUAGAGUAUAUUGAUCUAGCCGAACAAUGCCUUCAAACUUUAGAGAAAAUAUCACAAGAACAACCAACUGUAGUUUUAAGAGCAGGAGGUUUAAUGGCUACACUUUCAUAUAUAGACUUUUUUUCAACAGGUGUUCAAAGAAUGGCAAUUACAACCGCAUCUAAUAUCUGUAGGCAAGUCCCUCAAGAUUGUUUUGAAUUAGUUAGGGAUUCAAUUCCAAUUUUAACAAAUUUAUUACAAUAUUCCGAUCAAAAAGUUGUUGAAUUAUCAUGUUUAUGUUUUUCAAGAUUAAUAGAUAGUUUUUAUGAUUCUCCAAAUAAAUUAGAGGUAAUUACUUCAAAAGGGUUAAUGCCUCAUUUAGUAAGAAUUAUAUCAGGAAUGUAUAGUAGUACCACAUCAUUAAGUCCAAAUACAUAUACUCAAAUUAUUCGUAUAAUGGCUGCCGUUUGUCAUGGUUGCCCAAAUAUAACACUCUCUCUUUUAAAUGAAGGUAUCAUUAGUAUCAUUCAACAAAUCAUGUAUCCUUCAAAUGAAGCUAAUCCAACUGCUAACCGAAGCAAUCAACAAUGUUUUGAGGUUCUCUCUCUUAUUAAUGAAAUUUUACCACCAUUACCAUCCGAUUUUUCAUUAUUAUUUCAACAAUCAAGAAAUUUAUUAACAUCAUUUGGUAGUGGUCGUUCUUCUUCUUCCUCCUCUUCUUCUAGAAGAAGAGAAUUGGAAGCAACAAUAGCAGCAGGAGCCGGUACAACAACCACCACCACCACAACUACAACCACCACUACAUCAGAACCAACAGAAGAUCCAAGAAUUACAAUUUUUAAAGAAGAUCCAGAAUUAUUGAAAUCUUUAGGUCAAGGAUUAUUUACAGUUUUGGUUGAAAUGUUUACUUCAAAUGUAAAUCCAGCUGUUAGAUAUAAAAGUUUGGGUAGUAUCAUUAAGAUUCUUUAUUAUUCACCAUCAGAAACUGUAAAGGAACUUUUAAGAGAGUUUGCAUUUUCUAGUUUUUUAGCAAGUCUUUUAGGUAGUCGUGAUAUGGCAAUUGUUGCAAGUGCUCUUAAAAUUGUUGAAUUAAUGAUGGAAAGAUUACCAGAUAUUUUUGAUAGAUUUUUUAAACGUGAAGGUGUUGUAUAUGAAGUUGAUAGAUUAUCAAAAUUAGAACCACAACCUUUAGAAUUAGAUAAUAAUAAUAUUAAUAUUAAUAACGAUAAUAAUAUUAAUAAUAAUAAUGAUAAUAAUAAUAAUAAUAAUAAUAAUAAUAAUAAUAAUAAUAAUAAUAAUAAUAAUAAUAUAUCAUCAAUUAAUAAUACAACAAAUUCAACUAAUACUUCAUCAAAUUCAACACCAACUAAAUCAACAACUUCAAAUCCAAUUUCCAUUCCAAAUUCCACACCAAUAAGAAAUAGUAUACCACCACCUUUAGCAAGUUCACCAUUUGGAACUAAUGCAUCAUUUUUUGUUGGAUCACCUUUGAAUAUACCAAACACACCAACCAAUAGUAAUAUACCAACUGGACAAUCUCCACCAAACGCAACAACAACAACAACACCAUCACCAUCAACACCAUUCCAAGGUAGUGGUACCAUUACAACACCAGCACCUACCUCUUCAACCACACCCUCAACCACUACAAGAACUUCACUUUAUCCAUCAACACCAGAAGAUUUUAAACAAUAUGUUUGUAAAGAAGCUAAAAAACUUAAAGAUAAAUAUUUCCCAAAACUUACUACAAUGGUUGGGGCAACUAAUGAAAACUUUGCAACCAAAGAACUCUCAAUAUUAAAGUCAUUGAGUCAAAAGUUAAAUAAAUGUGAACAAGAGGAAGGUAUAGAAAUUUUAGAGGAAAUUAAGGGUCUAUUAGAGGAUACUGAGGGUAUUUCAGCAUUUGAAUUCCUUCAAAGUGAUUUGGUUGGUAGUAUAUUUCAUUAUCUUACAAGGGGUGAUAUUAAAAAACAUGCUGAAUGUUUUGCCAAAGUGUUUUUAGUAACCUACCAAAAAUCUAUUGUUAAUUUCAAUCCAUUAAAGAAUUCUUCACCAAAUCCAUUGUUAUUAUCGUUAUUGAUUGAAAAGUUACACGAUGCACUCAAUAAGGUUGAAAGAUUCAAUAUCAGUAUUAGUGAUGUAUCAGGUACUAGUAGCGGUCUCAAAUAUUUAACUCAACCAUUCAAAUUAAAGCUUCAAAAAGAAGGUACCAAUGAAAAUAUUAAAGAUUAUUCCUCAAAUAUUGUUUUAAUUGAACCAUUAGCAAAUAUAACAGCCAUUGAAGAAUUUUUAAUUUCAAAGGUAAUUGUUACACCAAAUUUAACAUCAACAACUGUUCCGACAUCCACUACUUCAUUAUCAUCAUCAUCAUCACCACCGUCAUCAUCUAAAACUGGUGAAGAAACAAAAGACAAAGAAAAAGAAAAGGAAAAAGAAAAAGAUACACCAAUGUUAGAGGAUGAAGAUGAAGAUUAUCAUGAUGACUAUGAUGAAGAUGAUGAAUUAUUAAAUAAUGAUGCUAAUGAACCUGAAGCUGAUACUGUUCAUGAUGUUAAAAUUGAUCUUUCAACUUCUGGUCAAAUGGAUAAAUCUUCACCACCACCAAAUAAUAAUAAUAAUAAUAAUAAUAAUAAUAAUAAUAAUAAUAAUAAUAAUAAUAAUAAUAAUAAUAAUAAUAAUAAUAAUAAUAAUAAUAAUAAUAAUAAUAAUAAUAAUAAUAAUUCUAUUAAUACAUCAACCACAUUAACCACUUCAACCUCAACUCCAACUCCAACAACAAAUUCAACUCCUUCAACUACUACCACCACCACAACUACAAAUAACCCACCAAUUACUACUCCACCACAAGUACCAACUUCUAUUGCUCCAGUUCAACCAAAAUUAGGAAUUUUUGUAGAUGGUCAAAGAUUACCAAGCACAAUUACAAUUUUCCAAGCAGUUCAAAAAAUUGCACGUGCUCAACAACAACAACAACAACAACAACAACAACAACAACAACAACAACAACAACAACAACAACAACAACAACAACAACAACAAAAUAAUAAUAAUAAUAAUAAUAAUACAAUAACAGAUGAAGGUAGUUUAAAUGUACCAACUAAUAGAUUAUGGGAUGGUACACAUACACUUAAAUAUAGAUAUUUAACAGCAGAAGAAAUGGAAGCACCAAAUGUUCAAUCUGGUUCAAAUAUAUACUCUAAACCACCAAUCAAAGAAUUAGGUACAUCAAAAUUAAUAAACUUUUUGAGAGAUGAUAAUGCAUUCACACUCACAACCAAUGAUACUACCACUUAUGAAAUCAUUGCAUUGUUGAGAUGUCUCUAUAUGUUUAGUUUAGAUCCACUUCCAUCAACUACAACUGGACUCAAUCCAAAAUCAGUUUUAUCAUCUUCAUCACCUUUCACUAGUGAACGUUCAUUGGUUAAUCUUGGUGAAUUUGUAUCACAAAAACUCACUGCCAAAAUAAUGAGACAACUUCAAGAUCCAUUGGCCCUAUGUGGUGGAGUUUUUCCCGACUGGUGCAAACAAUUGUUGGGUAGUUGUUCUUUCCUCUUUCCAUUCGAUUGUAAACGUCUAUUCUUUUAUUCUACAUCAUUUGGAAUUGCUCGUGCAUUAUCUACCCUUCAACAAAGACAAGAUCUAAUUAGACAAACUACAAGUACCAAUGGUAGUGAUAGAGGUGGUGAUUUCCGUGUUGGUAGAAUUCAACGUCAAAAGGUUCGUAUCUAUAGAAAUAAAGUAUUGGAAUCAGCAAUCAAAGUUAUGGAUCUUUAUGGAAAAUCAAAAUCAAUAUUAGAGGUGGAAUAUUUUGGAGAGGCCGGUACAGGUUUAGGUCCAACUUUAGAGUUUUUCACUUUGGUUUCAAAAGAAUUACAAAGAAAAGAUUUAAAUCUUUGGUAUACAGAUAAUAAUGAUCAAAUUCCUGAUGAAGAUGAUGAUAAAAUGAAAAUUGAUUCAACUAUUUCAACAACUUCAACAAUUCCACCAAUAUCUCCAAUAAUAUCAACAACAACAAUAUCAUCAACAACAACAACAACAACAACAACAACACCACCACCACCAACAUCAUUAUCAUCAAAUACAACAACAACAAUAACAACACCAAUAAUAGAACAACUAACAAUUAUUCAUCAAUAUAUUUAUUCAUCAGGUGGUUUAUUCCCAAAACCAAUUAAUCCAAAUAUUACAAUUGAAAAGAAAACUUUAGAAUAUUUUAAAUUUUUAGGAAUGUUUAUUGCAAAAGCAUUUUUUGAUCAAAGAUUAAUUGAUUUACCAUUGUCUAAACCAAUGUAUAAAUAUAUGAUCGAUCAAGAGUUAAACUUUGAUGACCUUCGUCAAUUGGCACCAACAUAUGCAUCUUCACUCAAUCGUUUAUACAGUUUAGUUACAAGUAUAAAACAAAUUCAGGCAAGAUCAGAUUUGGAUGGUGCAGCCAAGAAAGAAGAGGUUGGAAAACUUAGAGUUGAUGGUGCAGUCAUUGAAGAUCUUUGUUUGGAUUUCACAUUACCAGGUUUUGCCGGAUGGGAAUUGAAACCAAAUGGUGAACAAAUCAAUGUUACCCUCGAUAAUAUUGAAGAGUAUUUGAAUUUAAUUGUUAAAAACUUUUUGUAUGAUGGUGUUAUUAGACAAAUCACAUCUUUUAAGGAGGGAUUCAAUCAAACUUUCCCAAUCUCUAGUUUGAAACCAUUCACCAUUUCAGAGGUUGAAUCACUAUUGUGUGGUUCUUUAACUGGUUCCGAAAGUGAUUGGACUCUUGAUUCAUUGAUGGAUAGCACAAAGGCUGAUCAUGGCUACACUCUUCAAAGUAAAUCCGUACAAAAUAUAUUCCAAAUCAUGUCAGAGUUUACUCCACAAGAGAGAAAACAAUUCCUCUUGUUCAUUUCAGGUAGUCCACAUCUUCCUUUACAAGGUUUCAAAGGUUUAAUACCACGUCUUACCAUUGUAAAGAAACAUCACUCUCCACCACUCACACCAGAUGAUUACUUAUUAAGUGUCAUGUCUUGUACAAACUACAUCAAAUUACCAGAUUAUUCAACAAGAGAAGUAAUGAAAGAGAAAUUAUUAUACGCAAUGAAUGAAGGUCAAUCAUCUUUCCAUCUUUCUUAA